AUGAUCAAAGGUGCUAACUACGGGGAAGGUGGAAAUACGUUUUAUUCUGUAGCUUAUGCUUCAAUAUUAACAGCAGCAGCAUCAAGCAAGUCUGAUGUCGGAACUGUUUUAAUGGAUACUCCAGUGAUAGAAGUUAAUGGAGUUGAAAGUCGUCACAUUUAUUUUAUCGGAUCUUGUAAUGGGUUGCUUUGUUUAGGGGCCACUUACAUCCCUACAGUGAUUCUUUGGAACCCAUCAACUAAUGAGUACAAGAAAAUUAUACUACCAGAAGACGUAUUUAUUAGUACCGGUUGUUAUGGUUUCGGUUUUGAUAGCAAAGUUAAUGAUUACAAGUUGGUAGGUAUAACACGGGAUGAAGUUCAUGCACUCGCGUUAAAAUCUAAUUCAUGGAGUAGAUUCAACACCAUAACCCAUGGGUACAAUCCAAGUGAAUUAGUAGGUUUGCUUCUAAAUGGUGUUCUUCACUGGUCGGUCGCGGCUUCCUCUGGUGAAAAGCAUAAAUUUGUACUUUGUUUUGAUAUUAGCAGUGAGAAGUUCAUAAAUUGGCCUUUUCCAGAAGCAAUUAUAGAACGUCCAAAAGAUAGUUAUGUUAUGCUUAGAGUGUGGGGAGAGUCCCUCUGCUUAGUUUGUGGUAUCGAUGAUGUUCGAGUUGAUGUAUGGGUCAUGCAAACUUAUGGAGUGAAAGAAACUUGGGUUAAGAAAUUCACCACUACUCAAGUUGAUAUUACAUCAUAUUGUGCUUUGUCACAGUUACAUUGGUCUAUUAAAGACGAAGAGAUUCUGAUACAAGAGCGCAAGGAAUUCAUAUUAUAUGAUGCAAAGAAUGACAGGGUUAUGUCUCUGUAUUUCAAUGGCGUUAAUGGUAGGUUUGAUAACCUUAUAUUGGAGAGUUACGUUGAGAGCAUGGUUUCGCUAAAUUCUGGGACUUAUACGUGUAGAGAUUUGCAGGUGGUGAUUUCAGUUGAGGUUAAUGGUUUGGUUGCAGCUGCAGUUGAGUGCCAGAUGCUGAGAAAAGAACAUUUGGGUUUUUGUGCUCCAAGGAUUGGUGGUGCUGAUGUUGCCAAGGGUGAACUCAGAGAAGGUUUAGGUGAUGCCUGGGGUUGCAGUUGA